GAGAUGGGAAAACUUUGUAUUUAUAAACCUUAAUCAUUGUACACUUAAUAAGAAUCUUACGCAACAGUGCGACGACGCUCUCUUCAACACAGUAACGUACAGAAACAUUUGUCACAGUAUCGAUAAUCAACAAUAAAUACCCAUUGAACUCUGUAAUCAAUAUGAAAGCCGUUUUCGCUCGAAGAGUGAAAGAAAGAAAUGAUCUGUCGUCCCUUUCUCGCCCACUUUCGUUGAGGCUUCGGCGCGGGCGCACCACCGAAGACAGGUUAGUUUUAGGUGACCGCGCGUUGGCGCCGUGCUGUGCCGGCCUCGGUAUUUCGUUGUCUCUUGUGUCUGUGCUGUGUUCAUUAUAAUGAGGAAAGGAAUAAUUGGAUUGUCAUAAUGCAGAUGGACUCUAUAUGAUGAUGAAAUGACCUGACCAUUUUGAUCUGUGGAUUCAUAUCGAAGGUGUGGUGUUAAUGGUGUAAAAUGAGUGCAUUAUGAUUUUAGUGCUAACAUCGGCAAUGAAAAGAGAAAAAUAUAGAACAUCUCUAAAAAAACACCGGUUGGAUGAGCGAUGAGGGGGUGGUUCGACGCGUUCCGGGAGGGCGGGGGGCCGACGUUGUACGCGUACCACAACCGCACCGCCGUCGCCGCCGACGUGCCCGCGCUGGCGCUGCUCGUCGCCGCGCUCACCGUCUACGUCGCCUUCCUGGCCAUUUUCCCCGGGAUCAGAAAAGAGAGAUUUUCAACAUUUACAAUAGUUACGCUUAGCCUGUUCGUGGGCACAGUUAUUCUAGUAUGUAGACACGGUUCGUCGUGGCACGUGGCGGGCGCGCGGGUCGCUCGCGCCGCCUACCGCGCCUUCUCUGCCGAGCGCAUGGACUGCUGGCUCGCCGUGCACGUCGGCCUGGGCCAUGUCAACAUUACGCUUACUGCGCUAUCCUGGGGCAACUCGUCCACGACGGACCCCGGCAUAGACUACAACGAGCAGUUUAUGUGGGAGGAGGCGGGCGCGAUGCAGGAGUGGUACCAGGCGGGGCUGCGGCGCGGCCUGCCCUACCCCGUGCUGUCGGUAGCGGAGCACUUCGCCGCUGAGCACGAGGGCUUCGAGUGGGGCGCUAAGUACCGCGCCGCAGGGUAUACCACGGGGACUUUGCUGUGGACCGCGCUAGCGCUGUGGCUGCUGAUGAACCUCCUCCUGGUGGUGGUACCGCGGUACGGGGCGUACGCGAUGACAUCAGUCGGAGUGACGCUCUGCGCGGCCGCCGGCGGCUACUGGGCCUCGCUGCCCCAUGUUCCUCUAGUAGUAAGACUCGACGGAGCGAUGCUCUACUUCUCGCUCGGCUGGUGCUUCUGGCUAGUCCUUGUAGCAGGUUGCGUAUGCGUAGUUGUAGGUCUUUUAAUAGCAAUUUUGGACUGGAUCUGGCCUCACAGAUUCUCGACAGUUCUAGAAGUGGACUACGAUACACCGUACGACCGACACGUCCUCAUCGUCGACAGCCGGCAGAGAGCUCGGCCGCAGGCGCAGAGCUCUUUACCGUCUAGAAUAUUAAGGAGGCUAUCGUCGAAGACUCGCGACACGAACGGUCAGGUGUCGAUGUCGGUGGUGAACGAGAGCGAGCGCGGGCGCGACAACCCCGCAUACCAGCACGAGCGUAAACCCAACUCGCCCUGGCGGUACCCGCUCUUCCGACGACAGAUUGACAGAGUGGAUUCCGCAUCCAGUUUAGGUUCAAGCAUAAACGGCAAUACCUCUGGUAUCAAAAUGUCGCCCUUGGCGAGGGAGUCGCCCUCCAACUCCGUCGCGAUAUCACCUCAAAGAUAUCGGCCGCAGCAUCCCGCUACUGAGAGAGUGAAGGACAUGUGGUGAUUUCAAAUAUUCAACGAUUUUGAGUGGAAAAACAGUCACGGGUGGAUAUUGGACAUUUGACGAAGCCCGUUCUAAAACGAUAGUAUUAUUUGCCUUGACAAUUAAGCCUGAACAAGUGAUAGCUACCCUAAAUUAUGAUUAGGUAAGGUGUAUUUAAUGUGUGUGUAAAUAUGUAAAUUAUUAGGCUCUAGUAAAUUAUGUAUCCAGUGUCAUAGGUUUGACAGGCAGAGUUGGAGCUUGCGACCAGUCCCAAAGUUUUCGUCUGCUGUGGGAUGAUAUUUUUAGCACAAAAAAAUUGCCAAAAAAAAUACAAAUGAAAAUAUAGCACUAAGCGUUAUUUAGGCGCAAUUCAACAGCGUAGGGCGUUUUUUUUUUUUUUUUAAUUUUGUCUGGUCUAGCGCCAACUCUGCUGGUAGUAGGUAUUUACCUCGUACUUACUAUGUACCGAGUUGACGGAAGUUGUACAACGACAGUUUUAUAAAAAAACCAAAUGAGAAACCAAUUUUUGUGUGUCCAAAAGUAUCUGCAAUCUUAUGAUUUUUUUGUUGACCGAACAAUUUAACAAUACUUAAUAUCUACAAGUUGUGUAGAUUUAUAUUAUUUACUUUUGUGACUGUGAUAACUUGCUUGUUGAUUCGCUACAAGAUUUUUUGUCCAAUGUCGUUGGGGUUUUUUAGACAAUGUAAAUAUGAUUUUAAUUGAAUACACAGGUGAAAUACGGUGCCAUGUGUAAUGACGUCAUUAUUUAGUAAAUAGUGCACAUAACCCCUUUUCUAUAAAAAUGUUCUACGCUCACACUAACCCAUGUCGCUGUCUUUAAUUGGUAUGUGGGAAAAUCCAUUUGACGGACAAGGAUAGCAACAUAGAUUAAUGAAGCUCGUAGUAUUUUCGUUAAAAGGGGGUAUAUUAUUAGACGAGGGUUAUUUAUCUACAAAACUUUUGGGUAGUGUCUAUAUAGAGGAAUGCUUAACAUUCCUACUUGGAUCCCUGUGAUCUCAUCUGACUUAAGUGUACUAUCAGGAAAUUGAUUCAUAAGCAAGUGACAAACCUACGUAAUUUGGUCAGGGUAUGUCAAGCCCAGAAGAUUAACAAUUACUUGACAUAACCCAACCGAAUAUAGUAGGUCCCCUAUCUGCCUAUAGAUCAAUUUCUCUGAUGGUACUUUUAUUUUAAUUUCAUUUUCUUUCUAUGAAUCUUUUAAUCUUACGCCAAUAGUUUAUUACUAUUAAAUCUAUGUCAUUAACAAUUGUUGCGAAAAUAUGUUCGCAAUAGUGCAAAACCUACCUACAUGUAAAAAGUGAGAAUUAUGUGUAAUGUUGUACUUGUAAAGUUAUUUAUUGUGAUUUAAAAUAUACGAAUUCGACAUCGA